AUGGCCUUCAGUUCAAGGUCACAAAGUCUGAUCUUAGAGAAUCCUUCAUCAGUAUUGACAGAGAGGAGGAAGUUUGGAUCUACAAUGAGUAUGAAGCGAAACUCUGGAUUGGGAUCUAAUGUACGACUGUCAACAACAGAUUUACAUAUCAACGAGGUUAGAGCACAAGAAGCCUGGUUAUUCAUGCAGAAAGGUUCCAAACUAACCAAGAUUCGGAAUGGUCAGGUCCAUCUUGACAAGACAUUUUAUUUGAGUGAUGACAGAAUGACAUUGAAGUGGAAGCCAAGUAAACAUGGAGGUGAAGUAUCUACUGCCAAUUUUAAGGAACUUGUCUCUGGUAACAAAGAUGAUGCAUUUAAACAUAAGAAAGUCAGCCAUCUUUGCCAGAAUGCCAAUCAGUGUUUCACCAUCAAAUUCUCUACUGAGAGUAAACCUCUGUAUCUGGUGGCUGACAGUGAAGCAACUGCUGUGCUGUGGAUUACAGGCAUAUUGGCUCUCAUCAGGUUUCAGAAAACAGAGGAUCCCACUUCAGAAGCUGAUUCAGAACAAGUUGAUACUGACAUGGAGAGGGAAGGAUGGUUGGGUGAAUGUUUCAACGGUGAAGCUGAUAUAAACACUGGACUGCUGGACCAUAAGGGCACUGUCAGCCUGCUGAGGAAACUCAACGAAAACUUCAACAUUCAGCAUGUCAAUCAAAAACUAAAAGAACUUGCAUCAGCUAAAGGAAAUGAUAAAGUGACUUGUGAGGAAUUUAAAACACUUUACAAGAAACUGUUCACCCGUCCAGAGAUCUACCUCCUUAUGAUUCAAUAUGCUAGUAAUGGCAUGUACCUGACAACAGAUGAUCUGCUUCUGUUUAUGGAAUCAGUACAAGGUAUGUCGAGAGUCACCAAGGACAUCUGUUUGUACAUCAUCAAGUGUUUUGAACCUUCACAAGAGCGUGUCAAACAGGGUCAAAUGGGAAUUGACGGGUUCACUGAGUUCCUUACUUCAAAUGAAUGGUGUGAUAUCUUCAACCCAGACGAAAAAACAGUGUGUGAUGAAUUAAUGAACCACCCUAUCAACAGUUAUUACAUAGCAAGUUCUCAUAACACGUACCUAACCGGUGACCAGGUGAAAGGUCCAGCCAGUGUUGACCAAUACAAACAGGUGUUGUUGGCAGGCUGCCGUUGUGUGGAAUUGGAUUGCUACGAUGGCUAUGAUGAAGGUCCCAUCAUUAAGCAUGGCUCUUUAAGUUUGACGUCAGCCAUUUUGUUUCAAGAUGUUAUAAAGUGCAUUGGAGAAUGGGCAUUUCAUACGUCAGAGUACCCUGUUGUGCUGUCUUUAGAAAACCAUUGUAGUCCCAAGUAUCAGAAACAAAUGGCCAAGAUCUUACUUCAAGUUUUAGGUGAUAAACUAUAUCAUGAGGAGGCAGAUCCACAGCGAACAGUGCUGCCUUCUCCUUACAAUCUCAAAAGGAAAAUUCUCGUUAAGAAUAAAAAGCUGCCAAUGACAGCCAACAAAGACGUAGAUGUGGUUUCAGAUGAGGAGGAAGAGGAUGUGGAGGGUGAAGAGAAGAAAAAGAAAAAAGAUGAUGGCAGCCAUACACUUAAGUUAGCGAAGGAGUUGUCAGAUCUUGUGAUCUUCUUUGCGUCCAGGGGCUUUAAAGACUUUGAAUUAUCCCUACAGCAGCAAAAGUACUAUGAAAUGUGCUCAUUUGGAGAGAGUAAAGCUACUAUGCUGUGCCGUGACCGCCCUGAGGAGUUCAUCAACUACAACAAAAGAUUUAUCUCUAGAAUUUACCCGAAAGCAAACAGAUUAAAUUCCUCCAACUUUUUACCCACCGAGUUUUGGAACUGUGGAUGUCAAAUGGUGGCACUGAACUACCAGACAGCUGGCCUUCCUACAGAGUUAAACACAGCAUUCUUUAUGAAGAAUGGUCAGUGUGGCUAUGUUCUACAGCCCCAGGUCAUCCGUGAUAUCUACUCCUACUUCACACCAAAACCUAGCCAAUCAACCACAGUCUCCAAUGUAGACGAUGAACUGACCAGUCAGCAAAUGGACCUUCAUAUGAAAGUUGUCAGUGGUCAGAAUUUCUCCAACUGUAAGAUAAGAAUGGAGGGUACCAAGAUUUAUGUCUCCGUCAGAAUAAUUGGGAUUCCAGCUGAUGAGGCCACAUACCACACACAGCCCACCCAGGGUGAAGUUUCAUCCUUCGCCACCAUGUUUGAGGAGGAGACAUUUGAACUGCAAAUCAAGAUGCCAGAUUUGGCCCUAGUGCGAUUUGAAGCUCGAGCAAAGACCCUGAUAGGAGAAGACAAACUGAUGGGACAGUACACUAUACCAUUUACCUGUAUCAGGACAGGGUACCGUCAUGUAAAUUUGCUGGGAGAGAAUGGUCAACCCAUAGAUAAGUGUACGCUGUUUCUACACAUAGCUCUCACUAAUAGGAAUAACAACCAGGUUUCUGCCAAUCACCGCAAGUUUGUAUCAGGGAGUAAACCAUUGAGGGAUUAUCCUAGUAUGAAAUCUAUAGGAGUGAAGACUGUAGACGAAACUUUCAAGAUAUCUAUCAAGCCCCUGCGGGAUGCUAUGGAUAUGAGGGACAAUGUCCAGGAUGACCUUCGGACCUUCAAGGAGAAAUGUGGUUUGUCUCCCACAGCUAACAUCAAACAGUGUGUCCGUUUCUUAGCAACCAGAGUGUCCAACUCCAGCCAGCAUGCUUCUAUCUACUUCCUGUCUACCCAUGAAUGUGAGCAAAGUUAUCCCAUUCUAGAAGCUGUUGGUGAUCUACCAAAUAACUUAAAAAGUGCAAUGAAUUUUUACAAUAUGGAGUUUGUAGAAAGCUGUAAAUAUUUAGUCCAGAAUAGUGGAAAAGUGUAUGAAAGGCUGUUGCACUGCUGUAGAGCUGGUCUGGAAUGGCAUGAAGAAUUGACAGAAGUCUGCCAGAAAGCUGGUCUACGAGAGAAGAAAAUUAAAAAGGCAAUAGACAACUUUUCCUGGAAUGUAAGAGUACUGAAACGCCAAGCACAGUUGCUCUCCCAGGCUGCACAGGAGUGUGAGGAGUACCUAAGACAGGUGCAGGAGACUGCGGCUGUGGCUGGUUUAAUGAAGGAAUCCCCUGUUAACGAGGACAUUGAGGAUUCUUAA